UGAAAAACUGAAAAAGAGGCUGUUUCGUACUUCGGGAGUUUUGUACUCGUAUGGUAGAUCUACUCUGUAAGAUGUCUUUGCGCAGACGUCGCUUUAUAGCCUAGUCUAUCGAAAUGUUUCAGUUUUUAUGCCACCGGUGUAGUGUUCGUCUUUGUUGCAGUUCGUCGCUCUCGAUAACUGCGCGAACGUCACGGCGGACAUUGAACACGAAACAACCAAGCUGCCAAUCCGUUGUAGCUCCAGCUCCUGAGGAUGUACCCUCGGACAAUGUCCGCACUGGUGCUCCUGCGAAGGGUAUUACAUCCUCAUCCGCUUCGCCCACCUGCCGUUUUAACGUUGCUCAGAUUCAGAUGAUACCAAACAAUCUUCGGGAUGUCUUGUUUGGAAAGCCUGUCGAGCAGUUGUCUGUUAACGAUGCGGAGCGCUGUAUCGAACAUUUAAGAUCUAAAGGACUCUGGGGCUUUCAACCUCAAGUGUUGACCGAGCCGAAUCUCAUUUUGCCUAAUCUCUAUGGUAAGAAUAUCGAGGAGCAUCUGCGGAAAAUUGCCAGCGACCAGAUAAGGCCCUACGUUGCUGGGGUGGAUGAAUUGUUGAUUGUUGAUCCUCCAGCUUUUCCGAAAAAAUGGGAAUACUCAGCAGGUUGGACGAAGUACUGCGCGGACGGUACGCGCCAUUCUGUUCCCUUUCCGGAUGAGCCGGCAUUAGUGUUUGACGUGGAAACCUGUCUUUCAUCGGGAAAAUAUCCCACUUUAGCCGCAGCUGUCUCUGCCUCGUCGUGGUAUACCUGGUGCAGCGAACAAUUAGUAGAUGAUUCUCCAGCGGAGCUUACCGCUGAUGGACGCCUGAAGCUGCAACAUCUGAUCCCUUUAGAGAGUCCCGGUGUUCAUGGGAUUAGCGGCACGAACUGGAUACCACGGCUCGUAAUCGGGCACAAUGUCGCUUUCGACCGAUCCUAUAUUAUGGAGCAGUAUUUGCAACACGGCAGUAAAAUGCGCUUCCUGGACACCAUGUCGCUGCACAUCGCACUGGCCGGGUUUACGACAGCACAACGAGGCCUGUUUCUCAAGUACACGGCCACGGAUAAGCGGGUGAAGACCGCAAAAGAAGUGGCCAGGCAGAUUGCGAUAAAAAACAAUAAAAAAAAAUCCGGCACGGAUACUAGUCCAGCGCGCCGGUGGAUGGAUGUAGGGUCGAUGAAUAAUUUGGAGGAUGUGUAUCGUCUGCACUGUCAAGCGAAAUUACCUUAUGACAAGACGUUGAGUAAUGUAUUCGUUUCUGGCACAUUGGACAAUGUGCGCGAAGAUUUCCAGUCGUUAAUGACAUACUGCGCCAGCGAUGUCCGAGCUACACAUCAUUUGGCCCAGACUCUGCUUCCACUGUUCAGAGAAGCGCUACCGCACCCAGCUUCUUUUGGUGGAAUGCUGGAGAUGAGCGCGACGUGUCUCCCAGUAAACAAGAACUGGGAAGUUUACAUCCAGCGGUCGAAUGAAGCAACAAAUAAAAUCGAAGACGAACUGAAAAUUGGCUUGGCAGCAUUGGCCAAAGAAGCUGUGUUAUUGCAAAAAGAUGACGCAUGGCAGGACGACAUGUGGUUGUGGGACUUGGAUUGGACAUCGCAGAAAGUCACCGCGCGUACCAAGAAUCCCAAAUAUGCCGCACUGCCCGCAUGGUACCGCGCUCUUUGCGACAACGAUCCAUCGGAUAGCUCCGAUAUUCCGACGGCGACAGAUAUUAGUUUGAAAAAACGUGCUGUGCCGAAGCUGAUGCGAUUGACAUGGAAUGACUGGCCUUUGCAUCAUUCUCCCACCUAUGGUUGGGGAUGGCUAGAACCGCUUCCUGAAGGCGUUGUUAUCCCGGAAUCCAAGACUAAGGUGCAGGAUCCCGAUAAGAAGAUUACCCCGGCAAUGAAACGUCAAAUGGAGGCGGUUUUUCCGUUGCACAAGCUGAAACAGCUAGCGGAACAGCUGAAACGUCCAGUGCGGCUUCCUAAGAUUACAGUCAACGAAGAACCGAAACAAAAAUCAACAGCUUUGUCGGACGAAGAGUGGGACAGGAUGGCCAACAUGACGCCGGAUGAGCAGCAGGCUUUGUUGUCGGGGAAAUUGGAGGAAGCGGAAAUGCCGCACCAGACACCGGCAACUAUGUUUCCGACAUCGUCGCUUGAUGCUGCCGACGCGGAAUCGGACUGGGAAAUCAUUGCGACCAUACACGACCAACUGGAGCUGGAGGAAGCCAAGGAACGCUCAAAGCCCAAACCGAAGAAAACGGCAAAAGCGAAAAAAAAUAAAGAUCCCGCGGAAGAAAAUGCGUAUUAUGACGUGGUACCGGGAUGCAUUUUUCGCCGUCUACCGCAUACUAACGGCGCCGCAUACAAUGUUGGAUCGCCGUUGUCUCGUGAUUUUCUGCAGCAUUUUGAGUCGGGUGUUCUGCGGGCAUCAUUUGGUAGCGCCAGCGAGAUUAUUAAAAGAAGCAAAAUGGCGUCAUAUUGGCAUAACAACAAAGACCGUGUGGAAAGUCAGUUGGUGGGCUCCUUAACGGAAGACGAGGAGAAGCGUGGGGUCAUUCUUCCCCGUGUGGUGGUCAUGGGCACGGUGACGCGGCGAGCGGUAGAAGCAACAUGGAUGACAGCCAGUAAUAUCAAACCGGAUAGGAUUGGCAGUGAAUUGAAGGCUAUGAUCCAAGCGCCCAGGGGGUACAAUAUUGUCGGAGCGGAUGUGGAUUCCCAGGAAUUGUGGAUUGCUGCUGUUCUGGGUGAUGCGUAUUGGUUGAAGCAGCACGGAUGCACGGCAUUCGGUUGGAUGACACUGCAGGGCAACAAAGCCGACGGAACCGAUCUGCACAGCAAGACUGCCGAGCAGGCCGGAAUCUCACGUGAUCACGCUAAGAUUCUGAAUUACGGUCGUAUUUACGGUGCUGGACGGGAGUAUGCUGCACUGCUUAUGCGCAAUUUCAACCGGGAGCUUACGGAGGCCGAGUCCGAGUCCAAAGCUAAAAAAAUUUAUAGCUUCGCCAAGGGCUCGCGGCUAUACACGCUGAAUGCAAUGGGAAAGUUUCUCGGGGAACAGUGCGGAUUUAUGGAUUCGGAGUUGGAUAUGCAGUUUAAAUCGUCAGUUAUCAGACAGAUCUGGGAGCAGGCACAUCGAAAGAAAGUCAGUUUCGAUGACCGGAGCGAGUUUAUCACUAUCCUGAGGCAGAUUACUGAGGAUUCAAAGUGGACCGGUGGCAGUGAGUCGAAUAUGUUCAACAAACUGGAAAGUAUUGCUAGGUCGCUGGAGCCUCGCACUCCUGUACUGGGAUGUCGCGUUUCGCGGUGCCUUUUAAAAGAAAAUGUCGAAGACGACUUCAUGACCAGUCGCGUCAACUGGGUGGUCCAAUCAUCCGCUGUGGACUAUCUGCACAUUAUGCUGGUACUAAUGAGGUGGCUGAUCGAUACGUACAGCAUUGAUGCCCGUUUCUGUCUAUCCAUCCACGAUGAAGUACGAUACAUUGUGGCGGAACGCGAUCGGUACCGGUUGGCGCUGGCCCUACACAUGACCAAUCUCAUGACCCGUGCCAUGUUCGCCCACAAGCUGGGCUUCAAUGAUCUCCCGCAGAGUGUUGCGUAUUUCUCAGCUGUUGAUGUGGAUAAAGUGAUGCGGAAGGAAGUGAACACGGAUUGUAUGACGCCGUCCAAUAGCGAGGGGCUGGAAAAAAAUUACGGGGUGAUGAAAGGCGAAACGGUCGAUGUGUUCCAGGCACUGGAGAAAACGGGUGGUGCGCUUUGAUGGGUUGACAGUUGACACGUGUCAGUUUUUUACUGUUUGAAUUUCAGGUAUUUUUGACUGUGAAUUGUUCGGUGAUGCAUUUCCGUAAACGGAAAAAUUGUACAGUUGUUGCGAAUUGUUGGACCGAAUUGUUGCUUGUUAUUGCAACAAGAAUUUUAAUAUCAA